CUGAGUUUUACUCCCAAUGUUCCUUUAAUCCUUCUACACCUCCAAUUUUAUCCAUUUUCUCUCAGUUCUCAGGAGUUGACCUAUUUCUCAAGAAACAUACAGAUACAAAAAAUACAAAAAAAGAAAGAAGUUAACUAUGGACCUUCCCCAGACACAAGAAGAUACAAAAUCUAUUCCAGAUGCCUGGGAUUACAAAGGGCGACCUACUCUUAGAUCACUCUCUGGUGGUUGGGCUAGUUCCGCCAUGAUUUUAGGGGUUGAGGCAGUGGAGAGGCUAGUAACGCUAGGCAUUGCUGUAAACCUGGUGGUGUACUUGACUAAAACCAUGCACUUGGGUAAUGCUAACGCCGCAAACAUUGUUACUAACUUUAUGGGAACUUCGUAUAUCCUCACUUUGCUUGGUGGCUACAUUGCUGACACUUUCAUCGGAAGGUAUCUUACCAUUGGCAUCUUCGCCACUGUUCAAGCUAUAGGUGUCACAAUUUUGACAAUAUCAACCAUGAUCCCAAGCCUGCGACCUCCGAAGUGUGAACUAGGAAGCUCAACAUGCAUCCCAGCUAGCGGCGAACAACUCGCCGUCCUUUACACCGCCCUAUACAUGACGGCUCUAGGCACUGGCGGCUUAAAAUCCAGCGUCUCCGGUUUCGGUACCGACCAAUUCGACGAUUCCGACAAAAAGGAAAGAGGCCAGAUGAUAAAAUUCUUCAGCUGGUUCUUUUUCUUAAUAAACGUAGGAGCUUUAGCUGCAGUGACAGUACUGGUGUACAUUCAGGAUAAAGUGGGAAGGGAAUGGGGUUAUGGUAUAUGCGCUUGUGCUAUUAUUGUUGGACUUGUCGUGUUCUUGACUGGCACAAAGAAAUAUCGUUUCAAGAAACUUGUAGGGAGUCCAUUGACUCAAAUUGCUUCAGUGUUUGUUGCUGCUUGGAGGAAAAGGCAUCUGAAAUUGCCAUCUGAUUCUUCUUUUCUAUUCAGUGUUGAUGAUAUUAUUGGGGAAGAUAACAAAAAGAAUAAACAGCAGUUACCUCACAGCAAGGAGUUCCGUUUCUUGGACAAGGCAGCUAUUAAAGAAGAUGACAGUGAAUUUUCUGGGACAACCAUAUUGAAUAACUGGAAUUCAGCAACUUUAACCGAUGUUGAAGAAGUUAAAUUGGUAAUCAGAAUGUUACCAACAUGGGGCACGACCAUUAUGUUUUGGACUGUCUAUGCUCAAAUGACAACAUUUUCUGUGUCACAAGCUACUACAAUGAACCGUCACAUUGGUAAAUCCUUUGAAAUUCCAGCUGCCUCGCUCACUGCUUUCUUUGUUGGAAGUGUUCUUUUGAUGAUUAUUUUCUACGAUCGAAUCAUGGUUCCAAUUUGUCGUCGAUUCUUGAACAAUCCACAUGGUUUCACCCCGUUGCAACGUAUUGCUAUAGGCCUAGUCAGUUCAAUUUUGGCAAUGAUAGCUGCUGCUUUAACAGAAGUGAAAAGAUUGAAGGUUGCAAAAUUACACGGAUUGGCCAAUGAUCCGAAUGCUAUAAUUCCUAUGAGUGUAUUUUGGUUAGUCCCACAAUUCUUGCUUGUUGGUGGAGGUGAAGCUUUCACUUACAUUGGGCAACUUGAUUUUUUCUUAAGGGAAUGUCCUAAAGGGAUGAAGACUAUGAGUACAGGGUUGUUUAUAAGCACAAUUUCAUUAGGAUUUUUCUUUAGUUCAAUUUUGGUCACAAUUGUAGAUAAGGUGACUGGAAAAACAAAGCCGUGGUUAGCUGAUAAUUUGAACAAAGGAAAGCUCUAUGAUUUCUACUGGCUUUUGGCAAUAUUGAGUGUUUUGAAUUUUAUGCUAUUCUUGUUUUGUUCAAGACGAUAUGUGUACAAGGAGAAGAGGCUGGCUGAUGUGGGCAUUGAAAUGGAGGACUCGGACCCAGUUUGCCAUUAAAAAGCCAAUUAUUAGCAAAGCCACUUUGUUUUUGGUUUUUUUUCUUGGGAUUUUAUUUCAGACUUCUUUCAGUGGCAAAUGUAACAUAGUAACAGUGGGUUCAAAGAACCCAUUGUCUUUGGGUCAGAAUUACUAUUUAUAUGUAGAAACUGUAAGUCAAAAAUAAUUACGUAUGAAUGAAAUCUGAAUCCACUGCUUCAAAGAAGCAGUAAUUUAGUAGAGCAUUUGACACGUA